UUUAUCGAUAAGUAAUAAUAAUUCUAAAAUAUGAAAUCUGAAGUUAUUGAAUAGAAAAUACAGUAUUUGAAGUAAAAUGUUUUAUGAACACAUUAUAUUGGCCAAGAAAGGUCCAUUGGCCAGGAUUUGGUUAGCAGCACACUGGGAUAAAAAAAUAACUAAAGCCCAUGUGUUUGAAACAAAUAUCGAAAAAUCAGUCGAAGGCAUAUUGCAACCUAAAGUUAAAUUGGCGCUGAGGACAUCUGGACAUCUAUUACUGGGAGUCGUGCGCAUUUAUUCCAGAAAGGCCAAGUAUUUAUUAGCGGAUUGCAAUGAAGCCUUUGUUAAGAUUAAGAUGGCAUUUCGACCUGGGAUGGUUGACCUACCGGAAGGCCACCGGGAAGCGAAUGUUAAUGCCAUCACACUUCCUGAAGUUUUUCACGACUUUGAUACUGCAUUGCCCGAACUUAAUGAUAUUGAUAUUGAAGCUCAAUUCUCUAUAAAUCAGUCUAGAGCUGACGAAAUAACAAUGAGAGAAGAUUACGCCAGUUUGUCGCUCUCUUUACAGGACGACGGCUUUGGAGACAUAGGUUUUGAAGCGGAAACGCCAGAAGUUAUUCGGGGCGCUUCAGACAUAAAUGAGCAACUAUUUGAUAGCGACGUUGUAACAAAUAUAGAGUCAUUGGAAGGGCACGCAACCGAAAACCGAGGUGAUAUUUCUGAGGAUCGAUUGGACGGUGAUGGCUUUGGAGAUUGCUUUGGACAACCAGAACUUUUCGAAGAUGAUCUCUUUGGUGAACCGUCUCAACCAGCUCAGCAGAAUGACAAGGAAGCUAAAGUAGAUAACAUGGAAGAUGAUUCCGACAAUGAUGCUAUUGAGAAUUUGAACGCUCUUCCGUCGCCAGCAACAUCGUGCAUAAACUCAAUCAAUGACGAGAAGAGAGAAUCAAUAAAUGAACAAGCCGAUGUGUCUGGAAAUGUAAAACUAAAUGAAAUAACUCUUGUACAAAAUGAAGAUGAGGGAUUCGCUUUAGCUCCAAUUGAUGCAAGUGUGUAUAAAGGCAUAACAAAAGCAAAACGCAAAAGGAAACUUAUUAUUGAUGAAAUAAAAAAUAUUUCUGGAGAAGAAAUGAAGGCUCAAUUAGCCGAUACUUCAGACAUAUUAACUACUUUAGAUCUUGCACCACCAACAAAAAGGCUCAUGUAUUGGAAAGAAACUGGAGGGGUAGAAAAACUGUUCUCGUUGCCAUCUAGAUCGAUACCAGCACGAUCAUUAUUUAAUAAUUAUAACCGACAGUUAUUAUCCCAUUCAACAUUCUUUGAAGAUUUUUCAAUGGUUGCCCCAGCGGAUAUUCUUGCAUUGGAAUAUUAUUCGCAAGAUAAGGAAAAUUCAUUUAUUAUCUUAACUAAAAAAGGGCGCAAGCGAAAGUGUGAACUUUCUUCACAUCAUUUAAGGGAUCUUGGGACAGAUUCGCUUAUGCAAAGCCUUGAUGCUCCCGACGUUUUCAGAGAAGACCAAAAAUCAAUGGGAUUAUCUGUAGCAUCAUUAAACAUUGUACCAAAACACCAAGAAACUCUUGUUGCUCAAAAUGAAUCAACUCUAUUUGAUAACAUGCGGAGUCCAGAGCUGUUAUCUUUUAAUGACAUUGAACAAUUUUCAUCAAUAAAUGAACUGCCCUUAACGCCGCGAAAUACCAAUCAUGACAUCGGGGAUGAUUUCAAUCAUGGAGACUCAACGCCAGCUGAAUUGGAUCACGGCCAAACAACUCCUCAGCAUACAAGUAUUGAAGAAAUAGACAACAUCCCACAGAUACCCACAGAUCAAAUUAGUUUAAUUUUGAAAGAAACUGAUUCGAGGCCUAGAUUGGAUGACAACAACAUUUCAAAGGGAUGGAACAAUUACGAAAUUUCAACUGUUGUUCAAAAUCAUAGUGACGAACAAAUGGAAAAUGAAACAGAUGAACAAUUUGAAGAACGAGUUUUAAAUAAAAGAGCUUCUCAACUUUUUAUUGAUGUUAGAGCACAUUUUAUAUCUAAUAAUAAUUUGGCUCUUUCUCACUUAACAGCAGGAAACUCCAGGAAGCAGGCCGCUCAAAAGUUUUACUCCCUUUUGGUGCUAAAAAAAUUUAAGGUACUUCAUAUUACUCAAUCUGCUCCAUAUGCAGAUAUUACGAUUACUAGAGGACAAACCUUUGAAAAUCCAAAAAUUUGAAAUAAAUCACAUAUGUU